AUGGCACUGCUGGAGGGCCUAUCAUGGCAAAAGUUCAUGGAGAUAUCCGAGAACGAAUGUACCGAGGGCAAGUAUGGCAUCCCUCGCUUCGACGGCUCUGUGCACCUGCUCCAAGAAUACAGCUACCGUGUGAAGAUGAAGGAGCUUCGCGAGAAAGAGCUUGAGCCGUCGGAGCUCAAGAAGUUGGGCCCUCUUGGGCUUCGCCUCGUGGAAGGGCUGCGCGGCCCAGCUUUGCACAUAGUGAAGCGCAUCGACCAGACGGUGCUGGCUUCGGACAAAGGGGCCGCGAAGAUCCUCUCGGAACUGGCCGAGACCCUGCGACCGCGGCGGACCCAGGAGGCGAGAGAGCUCUACUUGGCUGGAGCUAAAGAAGGCGGUCCCCUCAGCCGUCAAUUUGGAGAACCUAUGAGCAUCUAUGUUCUCCGGCGGCGCUCGUGGUGGAGCAUGCUGCAGGACCUGGACAGCGAGAUAAAGUUGCCCGACCUUAUCUUGGCCGAGCAGACGUUGCAGAACGCCAGGAUCUCGGAGGACCAUGCCUUGAUGAUCCGUACCUCCCUGGCCCAGGUCAUCACCAUGAAUGGCGUGUGCAGCGAGCUGGUCAACCAGCAUGGUUCCAUCCACUUGAAGGAAAAGCGAGACCGAGCUCCCCAACCUUGGCGGCCGAGGUUUUCCCCUGGCCACGGCAAAGGACAUACGAAGAACAAGGGCAAGGGCCACGGUUACUUUGCCUGGGAAGAGGCCGGUGAGGACCAGACGGAGCAGGCCUUCUACGGUGACGGCUUCUCCUGGGAGACGGCCAGCCAAAGCCUAGGGGGAUACGAAGAUGAGCUCGCCGGGGCGUACCAGGCUGAGGGCCACGAGGUGGACUAUGCCGAGCACGAGGACCCGAUUCUGCAGGUGUUCGCCGCCAUGGUCAGCGAGGGCUUCGACGAGACGACCGACCUGGAGGGUGGCGAGUACGCGGCCGAUGUCAUUCAGGCCGAAUCGGAGGCGUAUGUGGCCCGGCAGAUGGCUAGCAACCAAGGUCAUGCUGGCUUUGCGGGCAAGCGCUUUGAGUUUCGAGGAGAGAUGUCCUUGGAAGAAAGGAAGGCGCGGGUGCAGGCGCUGAAGCAGCGCACCACGUGCCGCAAGUGCGGCCAGAAGGGCCACUGGUCGACAGACCCCCAGUGCCCAAAGGGGUCGGCGAAAGGAGGUGGCAAGAGAGGGCAUUCUUCGGCGGCGUCGUCUUCCAGCCAGACCACAGUUGCUUCUCCGGCCGGAAAAGGGAAGACGAAGAAGGGCCCACCAAAGCCGAGGACUGUUUACUUUGCUGUCAAGGACGAGGACCACGGCGAGAACCAGGCCUACAUGGCCUACCGGCGCGUGCCUCCGCCGACUUCCCUCGACGAGCGGCCGGCUUCCGCUCCGACUGCCCCGAACUCUCUGAGCGGAGUGGCCCCACCUUCAGCCAUGACGUCGGGGCCUAUGCCGGGAACUUUGUCUUCUUUACUGCGGGGCUCCGGGGCGGCAGCUUCUUCCUCAUCUACCUUGCCGGCGGCGACCUCCACAGACACGACCUCAGAGGCCACCUCCCGACAGAGGGCCGCCGAAGAGCCGGGACCCAACUGGCAGGUUGUUCCCGGCCAAGACUGGGAUCAUGCGAUGCUCUUCCAGGCUUUGCAAGCCAACAGCGACGUGGUCAUCGAUCAGAUGAUCAGUGCGGCCCGGGCCAUGGACACCACCGAGCCGCUGCCGAUCGAGCCGGGACAGGCAGCGCUUCCAGAUGUUGGGGAACUUCGGCCGCCAGCCUUGCAGGAGAUGCCAGGGCUACUUGUACCCGGGGACGAGCAGGAGAGCCUCAGUGACUUCUCCCUGUUUGGAGGCGAACCGGAGGCCACCGCGGCUGAACAACGACCUCCCUUGAACGCUUUGGGCGGCAGGCCUCCGGAACAACCGCCACCCGAGACGGCGGAAUGCGCCCACGUGCGUACCACUACCAAAGGGACCAAUGCUCACAGCUAUCGCCGCACCUGCCUCGACUGUGGCAAGAUUCUCGAAGUGCGCAAGAAGGAGAAGGAGGAGCCCCCGCCGGCUGCUGGAGCUCUUCGUGAUCCCGACGGCUGUCCUCAUACCAAUGUCAGCCGGCAGGGCACCAACAGCCAUGUGUGGAAGUGGCGCUGCAGGCAGUGUGGCCUCAGCAAGGAGGGCCGCCAGAGCCAACAUUCGGCUCGAGCUAUGGGUCUGGGCGCCCUGGGGACGGCGACUCUGGACGGUGGUGUGGACACCGCGGCUGUCAAGGUCUUGGAGAUGGCUGGUACCGUGGUGAUGGUUCAGGAGAGCGGCGGCUUGGCUGUUCCUCUUAGCCGGCUGCCGGAAAUCGUCCAGAAGUGCACCGAGAUCUACCUUAGAAGGGCGGCCGGGCAAAACAUGGCACCUGGAAGUUCCCAGCCGGCGGCGCCACCACCACCACAGCCACGGCCACAGCCCCUACGUGAAGCACCACGACGGACGGAGGCCGCGCCUCCGAAAGCGGCUGGAGCCAGCGAACCCACGGGCAUCACAGAUGAUGCGUUGCUCCACUCCGGGAAGUACAAGGGCAGCACCUAUCGUGACGUUUUCUACCGCUACCCCGACUAUGUGGACUGGGUGCUCUCCCAGGGGGGCAACCUACAGGCCAAGUCCUUGGUGGAUUUCCACCGGUAUGCCCUGGCCAAGAAGAGGGAAGAGCACGAGGACCACUUGCUGGCUGUGCUUGACACUGGCUGCAACCAGACAUGUCACGGCAGCGACUGGCUGCGCUCUUAUUGCCGAGCCUCCGGGGUGGAACCAACUCCCUUGGAGGAAACGGAAGCUACGGGGCUCAACGGCAUAGGGGGCAAAGUUCGUUCCGUGGGAAAGCGCACCUUUACGAUCACUCUGCAGCUUCAGGACGGCACCCUCGCCGAAGGGACGGUGGAAUCAAUCGAGCUGGCUGGCUCCACGGCACCUUUGCUCUUGAGUUGCCGGGCCCAGAAGCAAAUGGGUUUGGUGUUGGACCUGGAAGAAGGCACCGCCUUUAGCAAGAAGUUUGGCCGGCACCUGGAGGUGGUGGACAGAGAUGGCCUACCUGCGGUCCGGCUUCUACCUCUCCAAGAUCCUGCUGAACCGGCCGGCCAGGAGCACUUUGCUAUGUCGGCGAUCGAAGAGGAAGAGGACGGCCCCAGGCCGGCCGACGAGAAGGACUUUUGGCAGUACCAAGACGGCGGGUGGAUCCGAACCCACAUCAACAGCCGGAGCUUCCUCUUUGACCCUCGCCGUGAGCCGACGGAGGACCCCGAGAUUGACGCGGAGGUCUGCGGGUUACCCUUUCGACGGACCGUUGCUAUCGGUCCCCACGGCGGCUUGCAGAAUGAGUUCCGGGACCACUGGCUGAACCUGGAAACAGAGAAUGUCGAGGAGUACCAAGAUGGACCCUGGACUGGCUACACCUACUUUACAAAAGGGCCACCGGAGCAGACCACCGAGGAGCCGGGCAAGGAGGUCAGUCUCUAUGCCGCUUUCGAUGAAGAGGCGGCCGCCAGGAGGGUCCUGACAAAGGGGCAGAAGCGGCACCUUGCUGAGAGUGCGGACGCUGCUCUCAAGAAGGAUGCGGCGAUGUGGUCCCAGCUGGUGGAAGAGCCUUCUUACCACAAUGUCAAGCGCCUGCUUCCAAAGGGGUGCCGCAGCUUUCUCCUGGAGUUCUUUGCGGGCGCCGCGGCGGUCACCCUCAUGGCCAGCAGCUUGGGACUGCCUACCUCUGUGCCCGUCGAUUUUCACACUCCUCAGGGCGACCUCACCAAGCCGGAAGUUCGGCAGCAGCUCUGGGACUAUGUGGAGACGGAGGAUCCCUACCUUAUGGUGAUCGCUCCGACCGGCCUACCUUGGAGCCGGAGCCCGGCACGAAGAAACCGCGAGCUGCAGGAGGAGAGGAAGCACUGGUACCCCGUGGCGCAAUGGCUGUCAGAGCUGAUACGGCACAGAGUGCGAAAGGGGCGGCAAGUUGCUCUUGGGAGUUCCUGGGGAAGCUGGCUGUGGGAGCUGCGCUGUUUUCGAGAAGCCUAUGGCGAAGAGGACCCGAUCACCAACCAGAACCUCGAGGUGAUCUCCUUUGACCGCGGUGCCAUGGGUUCUCGGGACUGUCGUUCUGGACGGGUUUGCCGGCUGCUCUCCGGCAUGAUGACCACUUCCCUUCGGCUGAAGACGCAGCUCUGCCAGGUAGCCUCCCCGGGACCGGCCACUCAGGCUGGCAAGGUGGUCGUGCCGAUGUGCUGGCCACCAAGGUUGUGUGAUACGGUGAUCAAGGCUGCCUACGUUGAGCUUCAGGACUUGCAUUGUGCGGUGGCGUUUGCGGCGGAGGAUGGCCUCGAGGAGGCCGAGGAGUUCGGCUUGCUGGACGCGGUUGGUCCUGGGGAAGAACCACCUCCACUACCUGAGCAAGCUCCACCUGAAGAACUUCAACGGCAAGAGCACCUUGAGGAGACCACCCCGACCAGCGAGCAACCUGUCAGUGAGAAGGAGAGACGUGCAAAGUGGUUGGGCAUCUCCCGCAACCAGCGGCUGGCGAUUCGAAGGCUGCACCAUAUGACCGGCCACGCCAGCAACGAGGCUAUGAUGAGGAUGCUGCGGUCGGCUGGGUCCAGUCCCAACACAGUGGCGGCUUGUCGGCACUUUCGUUGUCAAGUUUGCCUGGACAAGCAGGAGCCGACUCGGCCCAGAUCGGUGGCCGAACCGCCGGUCUACAAGUUCAAUCACCAGAUCGAGUGCGACGCCUUUGAGAUCAGAGAUGCGGCGGGCCAGAAGCACACGAUACUCAGUGUGGUUGACUCCGGCACCCGCUUUCAUGUGGCUGGCUGGGUGGCUCCCGGGGGCACACCUACCUCGAGAGCCUGCGCGGAGUUUCUCAACACUGCUUGGUUUUCCUGGGCCGGGGCUCCGAGGAUUUUCUCCUCCGACCAAGGGGUGCACAACCGAGGCCACGUGGCGGCCCUUCUCCGGGCCAACGGCGUCGAGAUCAAGAUGGCGGGCGUGAAGGCACCGUGGCAGAUAGGAAGGGCGGAGCGGCACGGAGGCAUCCUGAAGGCCAUGAUGAAAAGAGUCAUCGCGAUGGGCCACCUCACCGGGGAGUUUGCCAUUAAGGCCGUGGCCUCUCAGUGUGCUGCGACAAAGAACUCUUCCUUUGUGCAUGCCGGCUUUGCCCCCUCACAGUGGGUACUGGGCCGCAUCCCCUACGACGGCACGUCUUUGGUUCAGGAGUCGGCCCAGGAGCAGCUUGGCACACACCAGGCGAUAGUGGACCAAGAGGACCAGUUCGGCAAGAACUUGUUGAUUCGCCAGUGGGCGAAAGAAGCCUAUGUCUACGUGGAUGCGAGUCAACGGGUCCGGCGGGCAAUGUUGCGGCAGUCACACCCGGUGCGUGGACCCUACCAUGCCGGGGAUCUCGUCAGCUACCACCGACGUGGCAAGUGGCAUGGACCGGCUAGGGUGUUGGGGCCGGAAGGACGCAGCUCGCUGUGGAUUGUCCAUGAAACGGUUACGUGGGAUCGAGCCGGUGGGCGCCACAAGCGGAAGUACGAAGAGUUUCUGGAAGAUGUGGAGGAGGACUUGCCUUUCUCCCGGGACAUUCCUGUCUAUGCCGAGGGAGAGGAGACUGCCGCGAACCAGGUUCCCUUCUUUGACUUCGUGACGGCAUCGUCUCCGGCGGUCCCGGCACCACCUUCUCCUGGUGAGACUCAGGAACCUGUACAAGAGGCCGCGGACUUUCCAACCACAGCUCCCGAAAGACAGACCACGCAGCCCGAGCAGGAGCCUUUGGAGGAGCAGCCCGGCCCAACGACUUCGGGGGAAAACCCAACGACAUCUACUUCCCUGGGGUCUCCUGGACCUAUGUUGGAGGACCAGCCUCCGCCUACGACGACUUCGGCGGAAAACCCGACGACAUCUACUUCCACUGGGGUCCCUCUUUCAAACUUGCAAGAAGCUAUGCAUAGGUCCGUGGAUGCAUUGGAUGGUGUCCCUUUGUCCAGCCGUUCUGCGAGAUCAAGGUCACCACCGUCACGGCCGCAGGCCAAUCUUUUCAGUGCGCCACCUGGCUUGGUUCAGUCUGAAGUACCAGCUGCUACUGACGGUCCACGUGAAAGGCAAGCUCGUCAGGACAAGGAGAAAGCCAAGAAGGCAGUGGCUUUCCUUGUGGGGCGCACGCAGAAGGCCUACAAGAAGAAGACUGUGAAGAAAGGGGCCGGCCGAGAGCUUGUGUACAAUCGAGAGAGCGCAGGUGUCCAGUCGGCCUUGGAUGCGUCGAGACGCAAAGAGUGGGACAACUGGAAGGGGUACACCAACAUGAAGAAGAUCACCCGCGCCGAGUUCGACGAGAUGAAGAAAAGUGACCCUGGGCUGCGCAUCAUACCCACCCGUUGGGUGGACACCGAUAAAUCCGAAGACGGGCAGCCCAUGAAAGCCAAAAGCCGGUUCGUUGUGAGAGGUGACAUGGAGGACGCCAGGGGGAUGAGGAGCGGGGACAUUUCGGCGGCGUUCCUUCAGGGAUCCGUUCUGGACAGGUCCCUGGUGCUUAGCAUGCCAAAAGGAGCUCCACCUUACGACAUGGAGGAAGGCGACUUGGUGAUGGUCUCCACCACCGUGUACGGCACCAAGGACGCCCCGCGAGGAUGGUUCAAGAAACUGGACGGAAGCCUUCGGAACAAGACCUUGAGACGAGUCCCGAUGGAGCCGGGGUUCUAUGUUCUCAACGGGAACCGGAAGGACGGCACUGUGUACAUCCGGGGUGCCCUCAUCAUACACGUGGAUGACAUCCUGUGGUGUGGUGAUGAGGAAAUGGACCGCAUCAUGACCGAGAUCCAGAAUGAGUACAAAUUUGGCUCCCUGGACUCCGGCACCUUCAAGUACUGUGGCCGGAUCUUGUCACAGACCGAGAAGGGGAUUUCGGUGACCUGCCCGGAUUUGAUCACCCGAGUGAAGCCGAUUCCGCUAGACCAGCGGAGAAAGGGGCAGCGCGAUGCCAGCGCUACCGAGGCCGAGCGAGCCCAACUUCGUUCGGUGACAGGCUCCUUGAACUGGCUUGUCAGGGUGUGCCGCCCAGACAUGGCGUAUGGAGUGGCUAAGCUGCAGACGGCGGUGAACCACCCUAAGGUGCAGGACCUCCUGGAGGCGAACGCCCUUGUAAAGUUCGCCCAGCGCACGAAGGACGUCGGUCUCUACUACCGGGCUGGUGCUCUACGCCUGGAGGAGGCCAUGCUGGUUGCCAUUCAAGAUGCGUCGUACGCCGCGGACUUUGAUGUUUCGGCGUCUGGGAAGAAGCUUGGAUACCGCUCACAGAGCGGACGCAUUCUCUGUUUGGCACCGCGGUCCUUUGCUACUACCUUGGAGGGCCAUCUGUAUCCAGUGGAAUGGCACUCUACCGUGAUACGCCGAGUGUGCAAAUCCACGCUUCAAGCCGAAAGUCUCAGCUUGCAGCUGGGCAGCGUGGAGGCAGAGCAUGCAAGAAGUGUUCUGCAUGGGCUCUAUGAGGAGCCUCCGAAGCUUGAUGCGACGGCCUGGGUCAUUGGUGCUCAAGACCGCUGCCCGGUGAUGUGGGUGACGGACUGCAUGAGCCUUUUGACGCAUUUGCUUAACCCUGCUGCGGGCACUGUCGGGGAUAAGCGCCUGGCUAUCGACCUCUGUUCGCUUCGGCAAGAGCUUUGGAGGCGACCCGGAGAGUAUGUUGGAGAUCCGCUGGGCCACGAUAGACCACCGUUAGACCCCUCGACCUGUAUAGUUUGGACGUCAACUGAUAAGAUGUUGGCGGAUGGGCUAACGAAGAAGAUCGUCGCUCACGAGCCAAUGGCGAAGCUCAUGAAAGGAGAGCGGAUCAAUCUGGCACCGACACUUGACCAGAAAAAUAGUACCGGUGUGAAAGCCCAGCGUGCGGAGACAGAGAUCACGUUGAAGGACCUCGACGGAACGGCUACGACGGGAACGUCAGCCUCGGCGAAGGCUGGAAAGUCGUCAAAGCGAAGCCAGAAAAAAUCGAACAGGUGCCUUUGCUUCUGA